AUGACAAGUAGGAAUCAAGCAAGAAGAGGUGGUAACAAGCGUGAGAGGCCAGAUGAAUGGGCUACUGAUGCACGUGAUGCUGCACUUCUCCAAAAUGAGGCAUUUGCGAUGUAUUACAAAGUUAAUCACAUCGUGCCUGAGUCUGAAUGGGAUUCCUUUAUGAACUGCUUGCGCACUAGUCUACCCAUGGCACUUCGGGUGAACCUCAUUACACCUAAUUCAGAGGCUAUUAUUACGCAAGUAGAGAGUCUUUUGAGCAGUGUUUUCCAAGUGAGACGACUUUCUUUCUUUCCACACCAAAUGGCAUUGCAAUGCGAUGUAAGCCGUGGGGAUUUAAAGCGUAAUGUGACCUACAAAUCGAUUAAGAAACUCAUUGCGGCACUCAACGAAGGAGGGUAUCUAACCCGUCAGGAGGCCGUUAGCAUGAUUCCCGUCAUUUCACUUCAGGUUAGGCCUGGGGAUCGCGUACUGGACCUAUGCGCCUCACCAGGCAGCAAGACCUCCCAGAUACUUGAGAUUCUACUGUCCCAGUCUCAGACGGGUGUGGUGGUCGCGAACGACGUGAACGCGUCGCGGCUGGACGUGCUUCAGCACCAGACCAAUCGUCUGGCGGGUGCCCAUUCCCACCUCAUUGUGACACAAUACGACGCGGCCCGCUUCCCCUCUCUUUCCCCCGAGGACCGCUUUGACCGUGUGUUGUGUGAUGUGGUCUGCUCCGGCGAUGGGACGCUGCGGAAGUCGGUGGACAUGUGGCCGCGAUGGAAUUCGGUGAAAGGGGCGGACUUGCACUUCAUUCAAACACGCAUUCUGAUGCGCGGGAUGGAGCUGUGUAAAAAAGGUGGCAUUGUGGUCUACUCCACCUGUAGUUUGAACCCGGUUGAGGAUGAGGCGGUCGUCUCCGAAUGUCUGCGUCGUGCAAAAGGACGGUUUUGCCUCAUCGACACGGAGCCGCUGUUGCCAGGGCUCAAGUCAUCCCCAGGACUCUCAACGUGGAGCCUUACCAGUAAGGGGAUGGAUGCCAAUUUCCAUGAUUUCGAGGAGGCUAAGGCGUAUAUGGAUGCCUCACAGCCUCGAAAGGGGUUUCAGUAUAAGAGAAGUAUGUUCCCCAACCCUGAGGAACUUCGGGAGCAAAACAUCCACUUCUCACGUCGUAUUUUGCCGCAUACACAGGAUACAGGUGGCUUUUUCGUAGUGGCGAUGGUGUGCAUUGAAGAGAUGGAGACAAGCAUACCUCCAACUACGGACGAGGAGCCAGCGGUCAUUAGACCCAUUUCAGACUCCUUGCGCACAUCUAUUCAGAAUGCGUUUCGUCUUCCUGAUUCGUUUCCUUAUGAUAAGCUUCUAUGCCGCAAUGAAGUUGCCAGAGAGCAAAAAAUAUACUACGCGAACGUACCAACAAUUGAGCUUAGUGCCAAGCUUGGAGGUCGUGUAGUGAGUGUUGGAUCCAAAAUUUUUGAGGCGUACGCCAAGUAUAGCAACGAUAAGCUGCGUUUCCACGCAGAAGGGGUCUCAACUUUGGAGAGCCUGCUACCCCCUAAUUUUGUGUAUCAAGCAGAUCCACAGCUCUUCGUGGAUGUGGCACAAAACACGCCUAUGAAAUCAGGAGCAUUCCGCGCGCGAUUGAAUCUCCCACCGGAGGAGGCAAUGAUGCCAUAUUUUCUACUCUCGACCAGGGUCAAGCUCGUAGGGUUGUUGUAUGCCGUGGUAGAGUUUUCUACAAGGGUCGACCAGGUCAUCGUGAGGGUGGCGGACUGGCAGGUGACACUCUGCAAGCAGGACUUGGAGUUGCCCAUAGUUGCUUCUUCCACUGCAAAUGAUGCCGAUAAAGAUGACUUUUGA